CAAGUGCAGAUGAGUUUACUUUGGCAAGCGAGCUGGCCACCUGGGCACGUGAGACCAAAGCCUGCGCAUCCCAUCUUAGCAAGCUUUUAAAGAUAUUGAAGAAGUAUCACCCGGAGCUGCCUAGUGACGCAAGAAGCCUAAUGGGGACACCAAGAUCUUGCAAUGUGAAAAACAUGGGAGCGUCCGGCCUCUACCACUAUUUCGGAAUCGAAUCGUCACUAAAACGAAUGAUGAGCUCAGGCAGCAUCACUGGAGACACCAUUUCGUUGCUCAUCAAUGUUGAUGGCCUGCCUAUAGCGAAAAGUUCCAGCAAGCAGUUCUGGCCCAUUCUUGCAUCUGUCGUCGAAAGCUGCGAUCCUGAACCUUUCGUCAUAGCUCUGUUUGUUGGAGACAAGAAGCCGGAGAACUUGGAUGACUACCUUACCGAUUUCAUUUCGGAGUUAAGCACAUUGCUGGAAGAACACGUGACCGAGGGCGGAAAGGAGUGCGUAGUUCGAGUGCAUGCGUUCAUUUGCGAUGCGCCCGCAAGGGCAUUUCUGAAGUGCAUCAAGGGCCAUGGGGGAUACUUCAGUUGUGAAAAGUGCACCCAAGAAGGCACCUUCUCUGAAAGCUGCCGGAAAGUAAUUCUUCCAGAAGUCAGCAGCCCCCUACGAACAGACGAGUCGUUUCGAAAGCAGGAUCAGGAAGGGCACCAUCAUCGACAGUCCCCAUUGGUCGAGCUACAGAUUGGCAUGGUAAGCCAAUUUCCCCUCGACUAUAUGCAUUUAGUCUGCCUAGGCGUUAUGCGGAGGCUUCUACUUCACUAUUGGGUGCGGGGACGACCUCAUCGAUCAAAGCUCCCACCACGUGCACAGACUAGCAUCUCAACAAUGCUCAUGAAACUCCAGAGACACACCCCUCGGGAGAUGGCUCGGAAGCCCCGGAGUCUUCAUGAAUUAGAGAGAUGGAAGGCCACUGAGCUACGAAACUUCCUCUUGUACUUCGGUCCUGCGGUUCUAAAAGACCACAUGGAGAAGCGCUACUACCAGCACUUUCUCAAACUGAGCAUUGCAGUGUCAAUCCUCCCUGUUGGAAAAUCUCGAUGA